AUCCCUAGGUCCUUUUCACGCAGCGUGGCGAUUGCUAAAUUUUUUGUAAAUUUUUGCAUUCUUUAUAAAAAUAAAUAACAAUGUCGGCGCUUAAUUUAACUGUGCGCGUGCAUCCCGUGGUGCUGUUUCAAGUUGUAGACGCGUUUGAGCGUCGCAAUGCCGACUCACAUCGAGUUAUCGGCACACUGCUGGGCUCGGUUGACAAGGGAGUUGUCGAGGUUACCAACUGCUUCUGUGUGCCGCAUAAAGAGCACGAUGACCAGGUGGAGGCGGAGCUGAGCUAUGCCCUGGACAUGUACGAUCUGAACCGCAAGGUGAAUGCCAACGAGAGCGUCGUCGGCUGGUGGGCAACAGGCAACGAGGUGACGAAUCACAGCUCCGUCAUACACGAGUACUAUGCGCGCGAAUGCAACAACCCGGUCCAUCUGACUGUGGACACUUCGCUGCAGGGCGGCCGCAUGGGCCUGCGCGCCUAUGUGUGCAUCCAGCUGGGCGUGCCCGGCGGCAAGACCGGCUGCAUGUUUACCCCCAUACCCGUGGAGCUGACCAGCUACGAGCCCGAGACCUUUGGCCUGAAGCUGUUGCAAAAGACGGUGGGCGUAUCGCCAGCACAUAGGCCCAAGACUGUGCCGCCAAUGCUGGACCUGGCACAGAUCUCAGAGGCGUCGACGAAACUGCAGUCGCUGCUGGAACUCAUACUGAAAUACGUGGACGAUGUUAUUGCUCACAAAGUGACGCCGGAUAACGCUGUCGGACGACAGCUGCUCGACCUCAUCCACUCAGUGCCACACAUGACCCACGAGCAGUUCACUCAAAUGUUCAACGCCAACGUUCGGGAUCUGCUGAUGGUUAUCACUCUCUCACAAUUGAUCAAGACGCAGCUGCAGCUCAACGAGAAGCUAACUUUCCUGCCAACGGCUUAGUCGGCGUGCGGCUCAUUGGGUUUUUAAGUCAGAUUUAAGCGCUAAGUAAAUUCUACGUAUUCUCUAUUUCCCGUUAAUGCGUCUAAGUAAUAAAGUGCUCAGAUCACCGAGAAA